AUGGGGAAGGACGUUGAGGUUGCUGAACACGGCCAUUUCUCCGCCAAGGACUACAACGACCCACCUCCGGUGCCUUUGAUCGAUGCCGUGGAAUUGACCAAGUUGUCCUUCUACAGGGCUCUCAUCGCUGAAUUCAUUGCCACUCUUUUGUUUCUCUACAUUACUGUGUUGACGGUCAUCGGUUACAAAAGCCAGACUGACCAGGCCCACAACGGUGGUGAUUGUGACGGAGUUGGCAUCCUUGGCAUCGCUUGGACUUUUGGAGAAGCAAAAAAGAAGGGUCAGGCUUGGACAUUUGGUGGCAUCACUGGCGGAUCAGUUGCAGAUGAAGCCACUUGUCGCCGGAGGAAUAUCACUGUCAUCAACAGUGUUAGUAUGGCCAGCGAGGAAGAGAUUGUUCACCGGAUGAAGAUGCUCCGACAAAGGCAGGAGCGAGCUGACGUGCAACCGGAGGCUCAUCCUGAGGCAGAAGAGCAGCCACGAUCCGCGGACAGGGCAGCUCGUCGGUGA